CUCCCACUUCCCACUUUCUCUCUUCUUUUGCCUCCGUGUCCUGAUAGAUUGAGGAUUCAUUUUCUGCAAUCCUUAAUUAACAAUGGACGCCCAUUUUUUCUUAUUUUUAUCAAUUUUGUCGGGAGGCUCCUGCUCUGAGGCAGAACACAGGUUGUUCUCAGUGAUAUUCUCCAGCUACAAUCAGUACAUCCGCCCAGUGGAGAAUGUGUCUGACCCAGUUAUUGUGCAGUUUGAGGUGUCCAUGUCCCAGCUGGUCAAAGUGGAUGAAGUUAACCAGAUUAUGGAGACAAACCUGUGGCUGAGACAUAUCUGGAAUGACUACAAACUGAGGUGGGAUCCCAAAAACUUUGGAGGAGUGGAGUUCAUUCGAGUGCCUUCUAGCAGGAUAUGGAAGCCAGAUAUCGUGCUGUACAAUAAUGCAGUAGGAGAUUUCCAGGUGGACGAUAAGACCAAGGCCCUGCUUCGCUACAAUGGGGAUGUGACCUGGAUCCCUCCGGCCAUCUUCAAGAGCUCUUGCAAGAUCGACGUCACCUACUUCCCCUUCGACUACCAGAACUGCACCAUGAAGUUUGGCUCCUGGACGUACGACAAGGCCAAGAUAGACCUAGUUCUGAUUGGCUCCACCAUCAACCUCCAUGACUUCUGGGAGAGUGGCGAGUGGACGAUCAUCAACGCCCCGGGUUACAAACACGACAUCAAGUACAACUGCUGUGAGGAGAUCUACACAGACAUCACCUACUCCCUGUACAUCAGACGGCUGCCUCUCUUCUACACCAUCAACAUGAUCAUCCCCUGUCUGCUCAUCUCCUUUCUCACUGUGCUGGUCUUCUACCUGCCUUCUGACUGUGGGGAGAAGAUCACCCUCUGUAUCUCCGUCCUCCUCUCCCUCACUGUGUUCCUCCUGGUCAUCACCGAAACCAUCCCGUCUACGUCGCUGGUCAUCCCCCUCAUUGGGGAGUACCUCCUCUUCACCAUGAUCUUCGUCACCCUCUCCAUUGUCAUCACCGUGUUCGUGCUGAACGUGCACUACCGCACGCCCAAGACCCACACCAUGCCGUGCUGGGUGCGCAGCGUCUUCCUGGGGCUUCUACCCAGGGUCAUGUUCAUGACCCGGCCGGAGAGGGACCCUGAGAGGCUGCCUGAGCCUGGGGGGGUUGUUCAGCAGCUGAUGCCCCCAGCCUCGCGGCCCUGUGUGGUCCACACCACAGGAACCCUGCAGGGGCAGCAGAAGCCCCAGGCCCUGGUCUCCACAGUGGCUGCCAGUGUGCUCCCAAGCCUGGCCCAGCGACAGCGCCUCUUCAUCAGCACGGAGCUAACCAACCUCAAUAACCUUAGCCUUGGUGGUGGUGGUGACUCGGUCAAUGCGGGCUCCAGCUUCCUGUGUCGCGAGGGCCGCUGCAACUGCUGCUGGCGCCAGAGGUCCACCAAGCUGCCCACUGAGACUGGAGGAGGGGGUGGCGGGGUGGGGAGCAUCGGGACCCACAGUGGAGGAGGGGCUGCUGGGAUUGGGGGGGUCUGUGGAGGCGGUGGAAGCUCCUGCUCCAGCUCAGAGUCUUUGGAUGGCAGGCUGAUGACCCUGUCCCCUCACUUCUCACCGGAGGUCAGGGAGGCCAUGGAAAGUGUCAAGUACAUCGCCGAAAACAUGAGAAUACAGAACGAAGCCAAGGAGGUCCAGGACGACUGGAAGUAUGUUGCCAUGGUGAUCGACAGGAUAUUCCUGUGGGUGUUCAUCUUGGUGUGUAUCCUGGGGACCGCUGGGCUCUUUAUCCAGCCCCUCCUAUUGUUCGAUAUGUGACCCACUCAUACACACAGCGAUUGCACAGUGACUGAGUGUUUUAAGUCAUACAUAUGCAGUCAUGUUGUGUAUCACCCAGUGAUGCGGACCAAAGAAGCUGAGACGAACCAAUACUGUGAAUGGAAGGGAACCAGAUUAUGGAGGAAGGCAAGCUGCUGCCAGCUGUUCCAUGUCACUUCUCUGUAUGUAUAUACGUUUCUGAUUGCUAUAGUGUGGUGUAGUAGUGAUCUCUUAGUUGCUAAGGACCAGACUCUGAAACCAUGGCAACGUGUACCUCUGUACUGCUGCCUACCCAUUCCCUUAUGUUUGCUCUGUGUAAAUGACUUCAUCAUAGUGUCACUUGAUUAUGACUGGCACAAAGAAACACACUAUCGUCAACAAAAGGACCGUGGCUGAAGGAACAUCUAUUGGACCAAAGGAUCCCAAACAUGUACAUAGCAAUGACUGCUUAAAAGGGCUUUCCAGAAGUACACAAGUAUCUCAAGUCAAUUUCACAGCUUAUUGAAUUCAUAUCAUGUUUUCAAAUGUUGAACAUCGCUGAGUCAUUUUGACAUUGUUUAUUUGUGAAAUAUUAAUGUCUUCUAUAAACUUACUGUAUGUUCUAGCUAUACAGUAGUAUUCAAAUCUGAUUAUAAUGCUCAUUAAGAUUUCAAUGAACCACAGUGUCACAAUAUAAUAAUCACAAACUGGUGAAAAUUAAAUGGCUAUGAUGCAGGAUGGGUAUCUUUAUUACACCAUGUGGGUAAAUGUGGAAAAACUCUGAAAGCAACCUGAAAUGAUUUUCAUUGUGCUGUGAGGGGUGACACCAUGUGGUUAUUAUCUGCUACUACAAGUGACCGCAAUAUGAUCCAGUGGUCACUACCAUAUGUCUGCAAUCAAAGACACAAGAUUUUGUGUCUUCAUUUUGCGUUUUUCAUUUGGUUUGGCGAAGCAAUCCAUUUGGACAACUUUGAAAACAGCUCU